UAAUAAAGUCACAACAGAGUUAUGUAUCACUAGUCUUCACCUUGCUUCUGAAGGACAUUUCUACAUUUCUAAAGCAGGUCCUGCAAUUGUGACAGAAUCUUCUGAGACGUCUGUGGCAAUUGAACUAGUAUUAUGGCUACAGGAAUCCAAGAGUCAUCAUCAACUGUACAUGAUUUAAUCCAGAAGAGUAAAUUAAUCAGUGAAAGUCCACCAGCACGACGUCGUCUCCUCACAAACAGAAGUGAUCUUUAUGAAGACGGCUCAGUGAGAAAAUGGACAUUUGGACAGAGAGACAUCAAUAUGCGAAACAAAACUGUACUGAUGGUAGGAGAAACUGGAACAGGCAAAACUACUCUGAUUAAUGCCAUGACUAAUUAUGUAUUCGGGGUGAAGUUUACAGAUGAAGUGUGGUUUGAGAUCACAGAGGAGGGAGGAGAGAAUCAGUCAGACCAGUCAAAAAGUCAAACAAAUAAAGUCACUGUGUAUGAGGUGUUUACCCAGAACAACCCAAUCUGUCUGACUAUCAUUGACACUCCAGGUUAUGGAGACACCAGUGGAACAGAAAAUGACAAACAGGUCAUUGAGAAUCUGUACAAACUGUUUCACAGUGAUAGUGGAGUGAAAGAAAUUGAUGCAGUGUGUCUGGUAUUAAAGGCAUCUGAGAAUCGAGUCUCUGACAGACUGCAAUACAUCUUUGAUGCAGUUUUGUCUUUAUUUGGUAAAGACAUAGAGAACAAUAUUGUGAUGUUUGUCACUCACUCAGAUGGACUGCCUCCAACAAAUGCUCUUAAUGCCAUCCAGAAAGCAGGGAUUCCUUGCAGGAAAAAUUAUGAUAAUGAACCUGAUCAUUUCUUAUUUAACAAUCGCCAAAGAGAGAAGAGGAGCCUGAAGUAUAAAAGAGCUCUCCAGACAGCUUGGGAACAAACAGAGGACAGUUUCAAUGAUUUCUUUACCUCACUGAAAGAACAGAACAGAAAAAGCUUAAAGAACACUGAAAGUGUUAUGAAAGAGUCCAUACGACUUGAAGCCUGUAUUUUAAAUCUGCAAAACCGUAUUGAGUUUAUAGAGUGCAAGAGUAAAGAACUGACUCAGAUACAGAAAGCUCUUGAGGAAAACCAUGAAAAGAUCAAGAGAAAUGAAAACUUUACUUUAACAGUCACACAGUAUUACAAAGAAAAAGUUCCCAUUGUAAAUGCUUCAUGGAGGGACAGAAAGGCCACCAGUUGCUCUGUCUGUGAGGAGAACUGUCAUGAGAAAAACUGCUGGUUUGCUGCCACUGCCUGGUGGUGCUAUGUCAUGAAAUAUAACCACUGCACUGUAUGUACACAUAAAUGUCACUACAGUAAACAUGUCAAAGAGAACAAGAAAUAUGUUACAAAGAGCAAACAGACUACAAUGAGUUAUGCUGCAAUUAAAAAGCAAUAUUGCAAUAGAUCAGACAUAAAGUUUGAUUCAGAGGCCUUUAAAAAUGUCGAAGAAAAACUUGCAGACAACAAGAAAGAGAAAGAAAAGCAGAAAAACGUAGAGGCGGAACUGAAGGAAGAAAUUAGUGAGAAAGAAAAGGAAAAAGCUAAGCUGGUAGAAGAAGCUUAUAACACCAUCAUGACACUGUAUGAGAUCGCUUUAAAGCCAGACUCUGCUUUCAUUGUUCAGUCUCUUGACUUCUUGAUCCCUCGAGCUGAGGAAACUGGAAGAGAAGAUCUUGUUCAGAGAUUAAGAGAGAUGAGGAAGAUUCAGCCUGAAGCAGAGGAAAGAGUUAAUGCUGCAAUGGGGUAUGGAAGAGCAGGUCUCACUAAAGUGAAAAAUCAUUUUAGUGGUAAAUAAAUGAAUUUAGGAGACUAAAUAUAGCCAUAGAACACAAUGUAAUACAGAUAUGCAGAUAUUAAAUUAAUUAAUCUUAUAUGACAUAUUAUGUAGAUAGUACAUUACAUAUUAUAUUUUGUUCAAUUAAUAAACUGCAUUGUGUUUAUUCAGUAAUGCUAAUGUUCAAGAUUUAACAUUGUACUUUGUUGAUAAGCCAUUAUGAUGGAGUUUAAAGUAUAACAGUGGAACAUGUACACAUGUAAAGCUGUACUGUUCAUGGAUUUAUAUUAAUUUCGUUAAAAUUCAUGUAAUUCAUGUAAUCUUUUUAUCUGACUUCAUCAUUAAGAUAUUCAUCAUAUAUCUGAUAACUGCAGAGUGUCUAAAUCACGUCUUUCUGACACAAACCAACAUCAAUCUUCAGUGAUUCAUAAUCCAGAUCAUUACUACUAUACAACUCAUUAAUACUAAUACUACUAAUUGUAGCCAUUAACGCUAUCAAUAUGUUAGGAUACACUGUUAUUAUAUACCAGAUUGCUAAGUUUGCUAAAGAGGGAAAGGAAAAGAGAAUGCACAUUAACAAAUCAUACAGACCAGGAAAAUGACUUUGACCAAGAUGGUUUUGAUUUACUUAUAAAGAAAAAGGUUUAAAUCUAUAUAAAUGUGAAAUGUAAACAAUAAAAUAAAAUGACAAUGAAACAAUAAAACAGUAUAACACAAAAAAUAGUUUUUCCCUUCUUUCCCUUAAAGAAACUUUAAAGAUCUUGAACUCCUUUGUAGUUACUUGAUCUAAUUAUAUUAUGUUUUGUUUAUAUUUGUAUUGUAUUUGCUAUAUUUUAUAUCAAUUUGCCUUUAAAUUAAUUCAAACUUGACGUUGCUGUCAGGAAUCAGGUUCCGUGUCACGUGUCUGCCCCGCUUUUGUUCACUCCUCCCUGUCUCCACACACCUGUUCCUUAUCAUUAAUUGUUAUGUGUAUUUAACUGAGCCGCAUUGCU